AUUAUAUGUUCAAAGAAGAUUGAUCGAUCGAUUGAUCAAGCCUGCAGGGAUACGAUUUAAUUUAGCUGAUCCACUAAUUCUAAAAUGAUCAUACACAGCUUCGCACUAAUGUCUGUGAUCCUUUGUUGUAAAUCCAGGAUUCGGAAUGUAAUGCUUCAUCGUCCUACGGCAUAAGAGCUCUCUUCCAUAUCAUCACAUUCGUAGUUAGUUUUACCGAUAGUUAUUGCUCUUAUUAUUUGGUAUAGAAUCAAAUAAGAGUGCGCUUUACGUCAUAUUUAAUUCGCAAUUGUCUUUUUCUCCCUUCUUUUGUUUUAAAAAUAAAGAAAAAUGUUACAAUGGGAGCCGCGAUAGCAACGCAUCAAGAAUAAAUUCCUUAAUCUAUUCUGUUGCAAUUCGUGCAAAAUGGGUUUGGAAUUUGGCAAUUUACCUAUUCGAAUUCGCAGAAUCGCGUAUUACAGUUUAUCGCCGUUGGAACAACGAGCUUGGGCAAAAUCGAUAACGCAUGGAAUCCCCAAUUUACUGAACAGAGCAAUGCGUGCGCUUCCAACGAUGCUUCCAGGUUUUAUAAUGUCAGCUGUGAUAUAUAAAUGGUCGACUGCAGCGCAUGAUCAAUAUAGUCGCAAAGAUCCCAAAUUAUACGAAUACGACAAAUAAAUGCAAGGCAUUGAUUAAGCUAUUUUUAAGUUCAACAAGCAAGUUUUGCAUCAUGAAUAAAAUAUCCAUUCAAUAUUGUUGUCUGGUUGAAAUUGUUUUUAAAAUUUAAUAAAAGCUAUAAUAGAAAUAAAAUAUCUCCUUAAAUUGUUCAUUUAUAUUACGUAUCUUUACACAUGAG